AUACGUAGUACACUGUACGGUCAGGCGCUCAACGUCCGGCUUGUCCUCCUGACUGUGCUGCGCGUUUCGUUGUGCAGCCGCCAUGUUUCCGCCAUGUUCUACCACGUUUCCGAAAAUGAUACUUUAUUUUGUUGUACUAAUGGUGUUUUCCAAGGGGACUUUUUCUACACCACAUAAAUACAACUGCACAGACGAAUCUGCGAAUGCGACAGAUCGUAUUCAGCAUUUUGCCUGCACGACUAAUGAAACAUACAAUUUUGUGAUUAAAUCCAAUGGGACAGGCUUGUACCUUAGCAUGAAAGUGACAAUGUUUUUGGGAGAUACUUUCUCUUUAAGCAGUCAAACUGGAAAUGUGUCUCGAAACAUCAUAAGUCUGAAAGGAGAGCAGCAUGCAUAUGCUGUUACAUACUUCAUUCCUGAUGAAACUGUGACAAUUUCUACCACUGCAAACUCAAGCAUCAAAGGAUCUCGAUCAUUCAGUGGCAUGUUUAAUGAAGGUUGCAAUGCCACUGUAUCAUCAAGCACUCCAGUUUUCCAUUUUACUCCUUAUGUCAGUGGCAGCAAGAUAGUGGUAUGCUACAUCACAAUCCAUGCUUCAGGUUCGAAAGAAAAUUAUGCCUAUGCAUCGCUGGACUCUGUCAACCUAAAAGGAAGAAGUAGCCUCAGCAUAACGGGGAAACCAGCAGUCUUUCCUGCAGAGUUGAAAGCUGGAGAUGCACCUGAAUUCGACUUUAUCGCGGAAGAACUCCAACUUGCUCUCGCCUUGGAUCUGAGCAUUGCUAACCAAACUGUCACUGUCCUGCUUGACUCGGUUUACAACAAUUGCAGUGGCAUGACUGAGAUGCCAUCAGCUGGCACAAAAGCACUUCUUCUGCCAACAGCCAACAUGAGUGACUAUCUUCUGCAGCGACUAAACUGUCGCUGGGUAAUCCGUGGGCCUCAAAACAAUGUCCUUGGCCUGGAAAUCCUUGGUUUCUCUCUUGCUGGCACCCAGGACCUCCUAGUUAUCACAGACGGUGGCAGGAGAGACUCUCCUGUUGUUCUGCAAGCGUCACAGUGUGAUGCACGGCAGGUUACUGGCCUUGUCUCUCGUACCUCUAGCAGGUACAUGUGGAUUUCAUUGGCUGUUUCUGAAUACAACACCAGCGACAACUUCGUUGCUCAGGCUUCUGUAUCAGCUGAAGGAGGACACUUCCAUGAUGAGGCUACCAAUGUGCACAUUACUGAAGCAAGCAAGGACUCAAUUUAUCUCCUCGAAGUGAAACCAGAGAAGCAGAUCCUUCUGUCUGUAAAGGCAUCACUGAAGAGCAGUGCUUCAGUUGAGGUGGUGUCAGACUUCUACAAACAAAGCGCAGUGCUUCAGAAGUUUUCUGCAGGAACUGAAGCAUACCCUGUGGCAUCUCUUAACAACCGGCUGAUGCUCCGGGCCAAAGAUUUUAUGAAGGAGGACACCUUCACAUUCAAUUUUACUGGUGUUGAGCCAGGUUGUCAUUCUACAACUCUUGGCACCAAAGGUUUUUACAGCUUGUCUAACACAUGCAGUGCAUUUUGCACAUGGGCCAUUAAUCCUUCGAACAGCUCAGAACACAAGGAAAAGUUUACCCUGACACUUAACCAUCUGGACCUUGACAAGGAUGACACUGUUACAAUCAGUUCCUUAUCACAGCCACACAAGCCGGUACUGCUGCUAAAUGCUUCAUUUUCUGCUUUGGCACCUGUGGAAAUGAGCUCCGUUGAUGGUGCUUAUGUGAUAAUCACGCGCAACAAGUGUGUUCAGGCAAACAGGACGGUUGCUUCUGGCUCACUCUCUGGUGUCAUAGGUUCAAGCUUUGCUCCAAAAUUAGUGCCAGGAGUCGCCUACUCUUUCAAGUCUCCGAUGUUCCCUAACCAAUAUCCACUGAAUAGCACGCGCUCAUGGACUUUUGAUGGAACAGGCAUUGGUGGAUUUCACUUGACCUUCUCAUCAAUGGACAUUGCACAGGGCCAUACCCUAAACCUUAGAAGUGGAAACCAGUCAGUACCAUUGGCGGGGUCUACCCUUCCUGCUGAUAUCGUCCUGGAAAAUUCAAAAUUGUAUGCAGAAUUUGCAGCUCCUGUUCAUCAAGGCUAUGCAACUGGAUAUGGAUUUGAUGCACUUCUGACGCCAGUGGAUAUUGUGCAGGUUGUUGUAAAAGAAAGCGGCCAAGUGGCAACACCAUCGUUCCCAGCCCUCAUCAAUGACAGCAAAACUAUAUUGUGGUCUGUCUAUGUCCCGAACGUUGAGCCAAAGAAGAUGUCUGUGGCUAUUUUGUUCAACGUAUCCCAUCUACACAAAUCCACAAAAGCUCCAGGGACUCUGACUGUGUAUGAUGGCAACAGUGUUCGAAGCCCUGUUCUGGGUAAUGUGACUGGAGAAAAUCUCCUGAGCCGCACUGAUACAAUCCUGGUGAAGUUCGUCACUGUAGGUGGCAAUGAAUCAGGUUCAGCUCUGCAGCUCAACUUCACCACUUACAGGUGCAAUGUGUCUGAUACAUGUAACAACAGCAAAAUUUGUAUCCAUGAGGAUUGGCGUUGCAAUGGUAUUAAUGACUGUGGGGACAACACUGAUGAAGUGGGCUGUGGCUAUCAUCCGACACCUUCACCAGCACCCACCACUCCAAGCCCACCAGGACCUCUAUCCCCAUCCAAAGGUGUUUCGGUUGCAGCAUUUGUCAUCACAGUCUUGCUGGCUCUGGUUAUUGGAGCAGUUGGAGCCCUCUUCGUGCCAGUAUUGGUGCGACGGUACCGAGCAUAUCGGUACUCCCGUUUUUCGAAUGUUGCUGUUUCUGAAUAACUCUGCACAUGUCUUCUGGGGUUCACAUAGGGCUGGCAGUUUUCUUUAAGUAAUAACUAAUCUUUAGUAAGUUGCCAUGUGCCCCUAUUGCCAGCACUGUGUGUGUAAUGUGAUAUCCUUUUGUUAAAAUUGGUGGAAAUGGGACAAACUUGAGCCCCAAUUUUUCACUAAGAUAUGCAUUUAUUUUUGUGCUAUUCCUGCUUCUGUGUGUUUAAAACAGGGGUUCUCAAACUUAAUGGCCUUAAGGAACCCUAACCCCCUUCCCACCGAUAUACUUUUGGCAUACAAAGAAUGAGGGGUAGGGCAGCGACAGUGCUGAUGCUUUUAAGAUUACCUGACUAAGUACCACCUCCACUGCAUUGGUGUGUUAUCUUUCAUCUUGAAACCCUCGCUCUUGAUGGGGAACUGUCUAUUAUGCAUAACAUAGGUAGGCAUCUUUAUUUUUUUCCCCAUGCCGUUCCACAUUGUGAAACACAUGCCGACCAUUCAGCUACUGCUUUAGACCAUGUGCUGUGCACGUUCAGCACAAACAAAAAGUGUCAGACGUGCAGAAGUUUUUAUUUUUCGCAAAAGAAAAAGUACAAGUCAAUCACACGGCAGAAUGGCCUUCAGUAUACUGGUUGCAAGGUUAAGCCUAAGUGCUUGUGUAGCUUGUGACUGGAAGUGAUGCCUCGUGUGCCUGUCGGCAUGCUCGUCAUGCAUUUUGAUUACGAAACCGAUGCAGUGUGGUGGGAAACCAGCAUCUACAGAAACUGCCUUAUGAAAACACCGAUGCACUAUAAACCAAAAAUAACAUGUGAAUGUGCCCGACACGUAUGAUCAAGUUGCUGUUUAAACAACCAGCACCGUCUGUCGGCAACAAGAGUGCUCAACCAGGCAGACAAGUAGCUCUUGGCUUACAGAAUUUACCAAUCGAUUCCUGUGCAUGCGUUGGAGACUCCGUUAACGAGCAUGAAUCAAAAACACUCAGCGUGUGCUGCCACGUGGGUUUCUAGCUGCUCACAAACUCCCAACGGGUAGAUGCAGUGUAUGGUGUCUUGGUUAUAUCCAAAAUACUAUACCAGUGUCCUUCUCUAAAUCAAUAAAUUGCGUGUUUACUGGGAUAAAAUGGAGUCUGGUCGCAUUUGUUCUGACCACUUGCAAAAUCCUAAAACGCCCUUCGUAGAGCCCAGUUUGAGAACCCCUGGGCUAAAGUGUAAUCUCUCUUAUGUGAUUUUCUUGGUUUAGAGUAAUCUUUUCUUUGUUUCUAGUUUUAUGGUUGUUGGUAGUUAAACUUCUUAGCCCCUUGUUUGCACUGUCUGCAGUAGAUAGAGUUAUUGUUUUACCGGCACAACAGGCGCCAUUCGUGAUAACUAGAGGCCGGAUAUUUAGGCAUUAAAAAAGCGUGUUUUAGGCGCCAAAAAUAGGCAUGCAAAACAACGUUUUAGGCACCGAAAAUAGGCAGGCAAAACACGUUUUAGGCCUCCAACGUCGUAAAUGUGGGCACAAUAAAUUUAAUUAAAUGCAAAUCAUUUCAAAACAAAGACGUGCGCGACCUGUAUCAAUGACAGGAAAGCAAAAAAUGUUAAUGUUUAUGAUGGCACAAAAACGCCAGCAGUUGAACAUAGCCGUUCAAUUGUCCUUUUUCCCGCAUGGUCCGCAGAAUACGGUCUCUCCUUUUAUUCUGUAGCACGGUGAGUCGAGUGUGCACUGUCAAAUCAAUACACUCCUAGGUCUCUUUCUGCUGAGAAGGGCAGCACAGGAGCAGAUAGCCUGACUGCUAAGAAGGGAGGGAUUCUAAUCACGUAGGGUCAAUUUCUCCUCUGUCGGUGAACCCCUCAAGUAAAUUACAAUCAAAACAAAAGCCGUGUGCACAUCGCUUUUUUUGCUCUUCACUCUCCUUACCCCUGACGGCUCUCCAUGGUUUUGCAUUCGCCAAACGCACGCGUCAUGUCAGCAUGGCGGUGUAUGGUGGCCGGCGCGUCCCAUUUCACUGCUGCUAGCGGUUCUUUUCCGGACGUUGGUUGGACUAGAGUUCUGAAGAGUCAGUGCUGCCCGGUAACAUGAAUAAGUCUCAUGCGGCAUUCGAAAGCGUUAUUUCAGGUUAAGGGGGGGCGCGGCUUUCGUAUCGCGAAAAAUGGCAAAAAAAAAAUAGAUUUUUUGAAAAUCACAUUUUCAGUUUCUGUAGACCUUUUUCUAUCAGAUUCCAAAAUACCUUCACCAAAAACGCCGUAGAAGUGCUUUAAAAAAUUUGUUACGCCUGCCAAGGUGGCGAGAAUUAUUGCGG